GUCGUGAUUUCUUCAAAUCUGGAGCAAAGAGUCGUUGCACGCGAUCGAGAAAGCGGCGUUUGUGGUUGUUUUGGACGAUGAAUCCAAUGUAUUAGACCUUGAUGACGAGACAAUUUUCUCAAAGUUCGGACGUUGUUGCAUGGAAAUUGCCAUAACAGAUGGCUCGACAAAUCUUUCCAAGUUAUUUUCUAUAAAAACGGUAUAUUUGGAAUGAAGGCGGAACAUUUCUGGGCCGACGCUCCGAUCAGGAGCCACCUUACGGAAGAAGUCUUGUACGAUAAGUUUGCGAACUUUGGAUAUAAUGAUGACGGUACCUGCGUCCGAGAAUUAACUAUGACCCCCCUUCCUCCUCAGCGUUUAAAAUAGAACAUUCCAGAACCUUGCAUCGACGUCAUUUAAUCAAGUCUAAAGAUUGCAAAGCUUUUGUCUGAUGACGUAGACCUCCACGUGUUUCCAUUUCGUAAAUUCGGAAAAGGAUUGAUCAAAACUUUCCGAAUGUCUUCAGAUGCUUUUAUCCAAUUGUCUCUUCAACUUGCACAUUUCAGGGUCAAAGGUCAUUUCAGAUUGACUUACAAAGCCUCGAAGACGAGAUUGUUCCGAGAAGGAAGGACCGAGACUGUUCGUUCAUGCACGACUGAAUCCUGCGCUUUCGUUCGGGCCAUGGAAGAUUCAGAACAAACUAAUGAAGACAGAUUUGCUCUUUUGAAGAAAGCUACAGAACGCCAUGUAUCAGGAUAUAAGGAGGCCAUGACUGGUCAAGGAAUUGAUCGUCAUUUAUUUUGUCUCUACGUCGUGUCAAAAUAUCUCAAGAUUGAGUCUCCCUUUUUGCAAAAGAACUCAUCUCGAUUUGCUGAUAACAUCGAAAAAGCAAUGAUGGAUGUGAAGGACCUCUGCGAAUAUGCGAAGAAAAAAUAAUUUGAGAAAAAAACAAAAAAAAUUAGGAAUUAUUAUUAGGUUUUUACUUUGAUUUUACUUAUACUUUUGUGUGAAAAAGCUUGUUCUAUUUUUUCUGUAAUAUUUACUGAUUGUGUUUUUAUCUUAGUGUAAAACAGAUUUGAAAACCAAAAAAAAAAAAUUUCUGAGGGAUGGGGAAUUUUUCAGAUAAAUUUGAAUUUGAGUAAAAUUUGAUAUAAAUCACGAUUCAGCAUACUUGCAUAAAUAUUUUGACAAAUUUGAACAAACCGGCAGUGGCUAGGUAUCACUGUAGGCUCUGAACUUUUUUUCUGACCCCUCACCCUGCCCCCUCUCCCCCCCUUUCUUUUUGUCGUCUCACUCAGGUGAGAGCUGUAUACAGCAUAUAUAUUCAGACAUGUUUUUCAAGUUUUUUUAAGAAUUUUGGGCGCAUUUGCCUGUGGUGAGGUCACAACACAGGACCCAGAGAGAUUAUGACAUUUUUUCUCACACCCCCUGUCCCCCCACCAUUUCAAUGUCCCAGCCAGGAAGGAAAACCGCUCUAGUGGGAGCUAUUUGUUGGGGUCCCGUUUUUUUUCCCCCUCCCCUCUUUUUCCAAGAUAAACUCCUAUGUUGUGCUCCUCGCUUUUUCAUUUUCUGUAUAUUCAACAUAUCAACCACUUUGUAUUUGCUUUUCGGGAACACCACAUAGUCACAAAUAUUUUUGAUAAUAACCCCCCCCCCCCCCCCCCAAAAAAAAAAAAUAGCGUUAUAUUCAUAUUUACAUUAACAAGAAUACAGCAUAGAUGUAAAAUAGAAUAAAAAAAUUUCUUAAUUCAUUGUUUUGACCCUCACAGACGUAUUAAAUGAAGGUAAAAACACUUUAACAAUUACUGAUUGAAAAACAACAAACCUGGUUAAUUAAGAUAAUAUUGAUAACUGACUUCUUAACAAAAUUGAAAUUGUAAACGGACUUUAUGGACACCCUGUAUUCAUGAGGCAUUUUAGAUUUGACAAUAUAUGAUUAUAUUCUGGGUUAUGGCAUAUCCUAUGGGUUAGAAAUGGCUCGUGAAUGGGGUUUGUCAAAAUUAUUAUAAAAGACACAGACACAAUUCUUUUUCACAAUCAACUCAGAAUAAUGUGGUGUUCCCUCUAUAUAUAUUAUAUUUAUGAUCUUCUUUGAUAGACUGUUAGGAAUUGAAUCUUUUUUGAAGUUUUAAUUAUGAUUCCCGGACUGAACUUUGGAAACCAAAUUAGAUAAUGAGAACUGUAGCCUAUAUACAGGGGCAUAGCCAGCAGGGGGUUUUGAGGGUUGCUCCCUCUAUUUUUAAAUGUAAAAAAGACAUAUUACUGAUUUAAACAUAGCAAUAUUUCGUAAAAUAAAAUGCUUUUUGAACUCUUGAAAACCCAUCUGCUUCGGCAUCCUUUUGAAAUGUAAAAAAAGCAAUUUUUUGUAGCAUAAAACACUUUAUGGGACUCUUGAAGACCUAUACGACCACCGGACAGACCUAGCAAUUACGGUCUAACUUGGCAAUAACAAAUAUCAAGAUCUUCACUUUUAAAAAUUCCUGGUUACGCUUCUGUUUAUACACGCUUCAAUUGUCUGUAAAGAAAACUUCUUUGACUCAAUUUUUGAGUUUUGUCGAAAUUAUGAUUAUCACCAUUAGAAGUCCGAAACUAUAUUUAAUGAGAGAAAUCCAAAUUUUGACCACAAAAAACUAAGACUCUGUGUCCCAUCUCUACAACUCUGAUUUUGUGUUCGAAUUUUUGGUAAAAAAAAAAAAUUUUGUAUGAGUUAUGUGUGAUUAUUCAAGUAUUUAUUCGAGUGUAUUUUUUUUCGCAGGGUGGUGUAUUUUGCUAAUUAUCAUAUUUUUUAGGAGCAUGACAUUUACAUUACCAGAAUCUCAGAAUGUGUUCAAGUUUUGCUCUUUAUAUACAAGCCCAGGCGCUCGGGAAAUAUUCACACCAAGAUGACGCACAACCUGAACAACCUUAACCUGGUACACAUACUAUGUUGAGGUUGUGCGCCAUCUUGGUACGAAUACUUUAAGAGCACCCAAGCCCGAAUUAAUUAAGUGUGUAAUGCCAGCUUUUUUCUUUACUGGAUGUAAAUCACAGCGUUCUUGGCUGAUUUUUAAUUCUGGGUGUCCGAAAGUAUUUUUUACUCUGAAUAUUCCAAUGAAUAGUGAAAAUAAUGCCAUAGAUUAGAGUGCUCCCGAAGUAUGUGCACCAAGAUGUAUAGGUACCAGGUUAGAGUUCAGGUUGUGCACCAUCUUUGUGCAAAUAUUUCCGGAGCGCUUAGAUAUGAAUUUUCGACUCCGGACUACUCUCUAGUAGUCUCUAGUG